GAAGUAGUCGCUUGCGCAGACAACUGUGGAAUUUACUGAGGAAAAAGAAAACAUAAGCUUGCUGCUCUAAUAUUUCACCGAAAUACAGUCAACAAACGACAACGACUGAACUAUGACGUGUAUUAAGGAGUGAGUGAGGUGUAUCAUACCCCUCCCUAAGGAUGGACAGUUAUUUUAAGGCUGCUGUGUGUGACCUGGACAAGCUGUUGGAUGACUUUGAACUCAAUGCAGAGGGGCUUGAAAACAAGCCUUCCACAUUUGCAAGUCCUUCAUGUCCGGACUCUGCACUUUUCACUGGUCAUCAUGUGGGCCUUCAGAUCUUCAAACCAGAGCAACACACAGUCUCACAAAUACUCCCAGAUGUCAAUGCACUGCACUAUGGACUGUCAUCACAAAGUAUCACCUUAAACCAAAAAGAUUCUUACUCGAAUGAAAGGCCGCUGACAGGUGUGGACCUCCUUUCCUCUGUUGACAGCAGAAGUCUCAAAAGUUCUGCACCUCCUUGUCCAGACCGGUCUUUGAAACCUGUGUGUGACCUGGUGAAUGAUACGGGAUCUGCUAAGCUCCAGCAGGCUGAUAGUCAUGAAGACUUUAAAGAGCUGGAUCUUACUGAGACGCAAGCUGAUGAGGAACUUCUAGUGGACUUUGAGAGUCCAGUUGUAUCUUUCCCAGAUGUUUCUGAGUCCAACUAUGUUGAACAGAAACAUUUCUCUGAGGUUCCUCCAAGUUCCUUCAGUUUGCUCGACGUCAUAUUACCAGCAGCUUCAGACAAGAUUACAGAACCUCAGUAUGCUUCAAGUAACCUUACACAUUUAGAAAGCAAACAUACAGACAUCCAAAGUAGCAUUCUUGAAGACUCAAACUCUGAUGACCCAAACAGUGCUCCAUGUAGUCUAGAGAAUGAGGAAGUUGUUAGAAAUUCAGGUUCUCAUGCUACAGACAAUGACAUUUUGGCAGCUAAUGAAGACCAUGCUGUGUCAUUCCAGUCUGACUCAAUGGAUACUCAACCUUCUGAAGAUGACAAUGUCAAAAAUCUAGAUGAGUCACCAGAAAGUCCCUUUUUGGAGAAGGAACCUUCUCUGUCAUGCUUGCCAAUUGCCGUAUCUAUGUGUGAGUCUCUUGUGGCAUCUUUAGAACCUCAGGAGACAACAGUGCUUGAAACCAAAGAUGAGGCUGAACCGGAAGAAACCUCAGCUAUUCAGGAGGCUGAAGGGUUAAUUCUUCCGUUAGAAGAGCCCGUAGCUCCAUUUUCGCCCAUUAGGCCUGAUUCGUCACCUGAAGAUGAACCCGAGCUGGUCCAGAUCAUGUCUAACUCUGAAGGGGCUUUGGUUGUCUCAGGUCAUUGCCCUAAAAGAAACUUUAAGCGGACCUUAUCCCCGACAGAGAAAAUCAUUUGUAGAGAUUCUUCUCCCUAUUCAGAGAGCCCGAAUUAUUCAUACGAGUUUGGAAUUGCCAACGAUUACCUUCAUGAAAGUGACCAGACCGGGAUGAUGGUAACAGACGAAGAACUAGAUGCCUUUUUAAUGGGUCAAGGUGUGAAAAUCAACUCCGACACAGCCACUGAAAAAUGUGUUGAUGAUGGUUUUUCAGAGUAUAAUGGAGAUGUGGAUGGAGAUGCCUUUUUACAUAGAGAAUUGCAGAGCUGUAAAGUAGAGACGUUUGCUUCACCUGAGAGUGAUGGUUCGCUUCAAUAUUUGGAAGAGAGUGAAGGCUCAAAUAUUUCUUCUUCUUCUCAGGAAAGUAGCCCGUUGAGAACAGACUCCACACAAACAGUUUGCAAGGAAAGCACAUCCAACCCUGUUGCAAUUCAGUCCGUUUGCUCCUCCAACCAAGAAUCAAAUUAUGGAGGUGCAAGACCAAAGCAGUUGUCCGACCAAACCAUACGAUACAAAACAAGCCAGGCUGAAGCCGAUGUGAUUGGCCCAGAGACAGAGACUGUCACUCAAGUUUCCACAGUGGUGCAACCAACUCCCAACCUGGAUGAGCAUAACUCUAAUCACCCUUCUUAUCAGCAAUAUGAGAUCAGUUAUGGUCUCGAAGAGCUCUCAGAACCUCCGCCUUACCCUGGAGAGAUACUGGAGGAUGGGGAACCAUCAGAUCAGCCAGGACAGGAGGCAGAUGGUUUGGGUUCAAAGCAGCCUCCAUGGGUCCCAGAUUCUGAAGCUCCCAACUGCAUGAAUUGUGAGCAAAAGUUUACCUUCACCAAGAGGAGACACCAUUGCCGGGCAUGUGGAAAAGUGUACUGUGCAGGCUGCUGUAACCGUAAAUGCAGACUGAAAUAUCUGGAGAAAGAGGCCAGAGUUUGUGUCAUCUGUCAUGUUACCAUACAGAGAGCUCAAGCCCAUGAGAGAAUGAUGAGCCCCACUGGGCCCAGUCCCAAUCCUAACGUCCCAUCAGAGUACUGCUCCACCAUACCGCCCAUGCAGCAGGCCCGUGCCGACGGCACCCUCAACUCUCCCCCACCUACCGUCAUGGUCCCCGUGUCUGUCCUCAAGCACCCCGGUAAUGACGGUUUUCCACGCGAACAGAAGCACGUGUGGUUUGCUGAUGGUAUUCUGCCUAACGGUGAGGUAGCUGACACCACCAAACUCUCUGUACAGACCAGAAGAUCCUCUCAGGAGUUGAGUCCAGUGACACCAGACCUGUUGGGGACUGAUGGUAAAUUUCCUGGCGAGAGUGGUGAGGGUGUUCAGGGUGCUGGGGUCAGUUCCUACAGUCCUGCUGAGUUGAGCCGCCUGCCCGUCAGGGGUCCGUGGGACUACGCCCUGCUCUGUGGGGUAGGCAGCUGUGUGGAGCGAGGGGUCAGUCUGGUGCCUGAAGAUGAUGAAGGUCUUCCUCCGCUGCUCAUUUCCACAGGAGAGGAGGAAGAUGGGGAUUUAUUAGUCGAGGAACGUCCUGCUGUUUGCCAGAUAUUGCUGCUAUUGGAGGAGGGAGGCCCACGACCUUUGACCUUUGUGCUCAACGCCAAUUUACUGGUUAACGUCAAGCUCGUCACAUAUUGUGGGCGGAGAUGCUGGUGCUUGAGUUCUAAUGGUCUUCAGGGAGUGGGACAGAAGGAGCUGGUGUUUAUAAUUGAGUGUCUCCCAGAAGAAAACAGUCUGCCUAGAGACGUAUUCAACCUCUAUGUUAGUAUAUAUCAGGAAGCACAGAAAGGGAGGUUCAUCGAGCACCUUGGCAACGUGACGUUCACUGACAGUUUUCUGGGCAGUAAAGAUCAUGGUGGCGUGUUGUUCUUCUCUCCCAGUUUUCAGCCGGAGGAUGGUCUGGCUCUGCCGCAGGUCUCUUUCCUCUGUGGGGUUUUGAUUCAGAAGCUCGAGGUUCCCUGGGCCAAAGUGUUUCCCCUCCGACUGCUGCUCACACUGGGGGCGCAAUACAACGUGUAUCCCUGCCCAAUGGUGAGCGUGCGUUUCCGUGAGUCAGUAUUUAAAGAGACGGGACACACCAUCAUGAAUCUGCUCACUGACCUGAGGAACUACCAGUACAGUUUACCGGUGGUGGACGGUCUAAGAGUACACAUGGAGAUGGGCAACAGCUAUAUCGACAUUCCCAAGUCCAGGUUUAAUGAGAUGCUGAAGGUGGUGAACUCCUCCAACGAGCAUGUGAUCAGUUUUGGCGCCUGUUUCAGCACCGAGGCAGAUUCUCACUUGGUUUGCAUGCAGAAUGAGGAUGGAAGCUACCAGACACAAGCCAACAGUGUACCAGGAAAAACCAGGACCGUGACUGGAGCAAGUUUUGUUGUUUUUAAUGGUGCUUUGAAAGCUUCAUCAGGAUUCAUUGCCAAAUCCAGCAUUGUGGAAGAUGGGUUAAUGGUGCAGAUUCCUCCCGAGACCAUGGAGGGCUUGCGGCAGGCGCUCAGAGACCAGACCGACUUCAAGAUCCCCUGUGGAAAGGUGGAUUCUGAAGAAACACGGGAAAAUGUGAAUGUACGCUGGGUCGACUGGACAGCACCAAUCAACACUGGAGUCACCAGUCCAAUAGACGGCAGAUCUCUGGAGGGCAUGUCCAGUGUGAAGAUCCAACAGGAUUCUGAGUUUGAGAUGGAUGGCAGGGUCAUCAGGUGUACUGAGGUCUUCUAUCUGUUGAAGUCCUCAGACGUCUCUUUGUCUGCUGUCCUCACAUCAUCAGCUCAGUUCCAGAUUGAGAUCGCCACCGCCGGCUGCGCAGCUCUCUGUCCACACCUGUCUGUGCUCAUGGCUAUUGGAAUCAACUCUCUCGCACUUAGAGUCUCCACCGACUUGGACAUGGUUGAGUACCAGGCUGGCUCUGGAUGCCGCCUCCUGCCUCAGAAGUAUAUGAAUGAUCUGGACGGGGCCCUGAUACCUGUCAUUCAUGGAGGAAGCUCCUGUGUCCCCCACCAGGCCAUGGACAUGGAGUUUUUCUUCUACAUCACUCAGUGCAUUUGAUGCUGGU